AUGUUGUAUAGCAUUACAAUCGGCUAUAUCAUUACCAGAUACAAGCAACAUACGGCAGUACGAUUCACUAGAUCCCUUCAUUGGCAGAUUACAGAAUUAUGGAUCAAUUUAAAUACGAAAGCAAUUAGUAGUCGGUUGUCUGCGAAACAACUUCAUCAGAAUGUCAAACUUUUAUCACAACGGAUACAAUUCGUCUAUUCAACUACUUAUAAUUGGUGCAAUUUCUGUCUUCGUCAACCAUCAGCACAGGAGAUACAUAAUUAUUGGAGAAGUGCAUUCCCUUGGUGUUUUCAUCUGUUAUGUUACAUAUUUAUCACAGUAUUUCGUUACAAGAAUAAUAACUUCCAGUCUUCAUACAUGUCCAACUCACUGAUAACCACUUCGGUAGCUAUGACUCAUCCUUGGUUGAUUUUUGGAGUUUUUCGUCAACUGAAAAAGAUUAUAGCCUAUGUUUACCAUAAAAUACGAGAUCAGUAUAGACAGAAUUAUUUCAGGUAUGCAUCACCGACCAUAUUAGAAACAGAUCAUGGAUUCUAUUUGAUUCGUACGUAA